AUGUCCGCCAACAACACGCCUCAGACCCAGUCACAUCCCUACGAGCACAAUGGUGAGGUCGACGUACCAAUGGAAGAUGCAGAUCCUUAUAACCGAACCAAAUAUCCUCCACGACCGACUCACCAACACCACCUGUCCACCCAGUAUAUUCCCGAAAUCUCGACAGCUGCUCAGCGCUACUCCCCAAUGAAUGCUCAAUCAACGGGCGCAGGCUACGUCUCAAGUCCCAAAACACAGAAUCCGUCCUUCUCCUACCUCAAUCAGUCCCAGACGACGCGACAGUCUCCCCCUCGCCAAAGCAGCUACAACACAGAGCGGUACACCGAACCCCCGACCCCGACGAGAUAUCCGUCCGAUUAUGCAUCUACCAUCCAGAGCUCCGCGUUGAGCCCCGAGUCAUAUUAUCCUACCUCUGCAACCAACGCGCGACCUGCUCCUCUGUCAAGACAGCAAUCACAGCACCAGGGACUAGGUCCGGUGCCAAAAUUCAGGAAGGUCAAGACCAUGCAAGAUCUCAACCCUAAGGUCAACGCCCAGCCACCCUAUAGGAGGGCAAAUCCGGAAGGCGGUUUUAUCAGCCCAUUGCAAGCGCUUACCACCCAUCUCCCAGCCACGUACAGAAUAUGUAAUCCUAGCUUCAAAUACGAGUCAUCCCGAAAUCCAAGACGGGUUUUGACAAAACCGAGCAAAGGAACAAAGAAUGAUGGCUACGAUAACGACGAUAGCGACUACAUUCUCUACGUCAACGACAUUCUGGGGAGUGAAGAGGCAGGCCACAAGAAUCGAUACUUGAUUCUAGAUGUGCUAGGUCAGGGGACUUUUGGCCAAGUGGUCAAGUGCCAAAAUCUGAGAACACAAGAAGUUGUUGCGGUCAAGGUCAUCAAAAAUCGCACGGCUUACUUCAAUCAGAGUAUGAUGGAAGUUUCAGUUCUGGAUUUGCUAAACCAGAAACUCGACAAAAAUGAUGACCAUCAUCUUCUGCGGCUUAAAGACACGUUCAUACAUCGCCAACAUCUGUGUCUCGUUUUCGAGCUUCUCAGCGUCAACUUAUAUGAAUUGAUCAAACAGAAUCAAUUCCGAGGUCUCAGCACGACACUCGUCCGUGUCUUUGCACAGCAGCUGCUUAACGGGUUGACGUUGUUGAACAAGGCGCGGCUGAUCCACUGUGAUCUGAAACCGGAGAAUAUACUCUUGAAAAAUCUGGAAAGUCCCAUCAUCAAAAUUAUCGACUUCGGGUCUGCCUGCGACGAAAGGCAGACUGUCUACACUUACAUACAAUCUCGAUUUUACAGAUCCCCUGAAGUUUUACUGGGGCUUCCUUACUCGUCUGCCAUUGACAUGUGGUCUCUUGGAUGCAUUGUCGUGGAGUUAUUUCUGGGCCUGCCGUUGUUUCCCGGUUCUUCCGAGUACAACCAAGUCUCUCGAAUCGUCGAAAUGCUGGGCAUGCCGCCGACGUGGAUGUUGGAGAUGGGAAAGCAAUCGGGGGAAUUUUUUGAAAAGACGACGGACGAGUUUGGCCGUCGCACGUAUCGGCUCAAAAGCAUGGAGCAAUACUCUCGCGAGCACAACGUUAAAGAGCAACCGAGCAAAAAGUACUUUCAAGCAACAACACUUCCCGAGAUCAUUCGAAGCUAUUCUAUGCCUCGAAAGAACAUGAAACAAGCUGAAGUGGAAAGAGAAAUGAACAACCGCAUCGCAUUUACCGAUUUUGUUCGCGGCUUGCUCACCAUCAACCCUUUGGAACGCUGGUCACCUCAGCAAGCGAAGCUACAUCCUUUCAUCACGCAGCAAAAAUUUACCCAGCCGUUUGUCCCUCCGAUGAACCUGAAGUCGCCCUCUAGCAAGACCCCUGCUCCUGGUGUACAGCAACAACAACAAGCUGAAGCGCUCAGCAAGCAACGUGCUGCUCAGGCCGCUCAGGCUCAGGCACAAGCUGCACAAGCUGCCCAUGCACAAGCACAGGCACAAUCCGUAGCUCAGAAUGCCUAUGCAAUGCAGAUGACCCCCUAUCCACCAUCCCAACCUCCACCCAUGUACAACAAUAUGUAUCCGGCCCAUCCACAAGGCGCCCCUCCACCUUAUCCGACUCACUCGUCAAACUAUCCUGCACAAAUGGGUAUGAUGCAGCAAACCUCGCAGAUGAAUCCCAGUCACUACAAUCACCAGCAAAGUCUUUACGCGCAGGCCACGCAAAGGGCUGGCCGCCAACGUGCUUCAACCAUGGAUCAACAGCAGGCUGGUAUUCCUGCGGCUAUUCAACGAGUUGCGAGCCAUCUGGACCCCAAUCAACCAAUCAGACUUCAGCCGAGUCCAGCGUAUUAUCCGCCUCCAGCUGAUGGCUAUGUUGAUUCGCCAUCAACUGCAAGAAGACGCGGCAGCCGUAACCAGAGAAAUCGCGAUUUUAUCCGGACUCUGGAAGAUGGUGCGAUGGGCGACAGUUUUAUGAAUAAGGCGCAGUGGCACUGA